AAUUAAUAUAGGGGCUGUUUGGACUGAAGCAAAACAAACUCACAGCCUCGUCGUCUCUCACUCAUAUCUCGCCGAUCCAAUUAUCAUCGAUUCAUCGCCGUCACCAACGCCGAUCAAAUCUCCGUUCAGUCUCAUCUAUUUGUAGAGAUAAAGUAUGGAUCCUUCUGAAAUGAGGUAUUUGGAAGAUGAGGAUAGCUCCACUAUGAAAGUUAUUAAAGGGGCUACAUCGGGUUUUGUUGUUGGUACUAUUUGGGGAACCAUUGUUGCUACUUGGCAUGACGUGCCUCGUGUUGAGAGAAGGGUUGCUCUUCCUGGAUUGAUUAGGACACUUAAGAUGAUGGGUAAUCACGGGGCGACUUUUGCUGCCAUCGGCGGAGUUUACAUUGGUGUUGAACAGUUGGUGCUCAAUUAUAGGACGAAAAGGGACUUUGUGAAUGGGGCUAUUGGGGGGUUUGCUGCUGGUGCUACUGUUCUCGGUCUUAAAGGAAGGAGCAUGUCGACUGCCAUUUCUGCUGGCGCAGCUCUUGCAACUACAUCGACGCUGAUCGAUUGGGGAGGACAAACCACAAGAAUUGACAAUGGAAAGGAGUAUUACCCUUACACCACCAAGAAGAGGCCCAAUGCCAAUGUUAAUUAACCUCCCUUUUGCUGCUUUUGAGAAGGAAGUUUCUCGCUUUUAAAAAAUUCUAAGUACUUCCUAGAGUUGAUGUAACAUUGUUAUUUGGAGACGACGAGAAACUUUUUCUUAAAACCUUAAUUUUUUUACUUUCCUGCACAAAGUUCCAUGGCUGGAGGAUGUGUUUUUGAAUAAAUUUGUUGUCAUGCAUAACUUAAACAGAAUUUCAUUGGAUAAAACUUCAUUUGCAUUA